AUGUUUAGCGGGACCGUGCGAGUUAAGGUGUGCGAGGCGACGGGCCUCAGGCCGACCGACUUUCAGAAACGGCACAACAUGACCUUCGGGAAGCCAGACGACCAACCCAUCGACCCGUACGUGUCUAUCGACGCCGACGAGCACCAUCUAGACCGGUCCAGCACUAAACCCAAAACAUUCGACCCUAUAUGGAACGAAACUUUUAUUCACGAAGUACAGAAUGUCACCAGCUUGGGGAUCACAGUGUUUCAUGAUGCAGCGAUACCUCCUGAUGAUUUUGUUGCCAACUGCACCAUACCAUUUGAAGAUCUGAUGCAUCGUGAAAAAGAUGCCACGGAUUUUUGGGUGGACCUGGAACCUCAGGGGAAGCUGCAUCUGAAGAUUGAUCUGAAAUGGAACUGUCAAGGAGUGUCGGCUGGGGCGGGCGCGGCUCGUGCUGCCCGGGGGCGAGAGUUCAAGGAGGGCGCGGGGUUCGCACGACGUCGAGGGGCGCUCCGGAGACGAGUGCAUCAGGUCAACGGACACAAGUUCAUGGCCACUUUCCUCAGGCAGCCAACAUUCUGCAGCCACUGCCGAGAGUUUAUAUGGGGUAUCGGAAAGCAAGGCUACCAGUGUCAAGUGUGUACGUGUGUGGUUCACAAGCGAUGCCACUCGUCCGUUGUAACCAAGUGCCCGGGGAUGAAGGAGGAGCAGCAGAGCAGUGUGGGUGUGUCCGGAGGCCAGCGGUUCAACGUGAACGUUCCUCAUCGCUUCGUGGUUCACUCGUACAAGCGGUUCACGUUCUGUGACCACUGUGGCUCGUUGCUCUAUGGACUCAUCAAACAGGGCCUGCAGUGUGAAGUGUGCUCUAUGAACGUCCACAAACGCUGCCAGAAGAACGUGGCCAACAACUGCGGCAUCAACACCAAGGCCAUGGCGGAGAUCCUCAGUGAGAUGGGCAUCUCGCCCGACAAGAACCCGAGACCCAGGGCCUCCAAGUAUCUGAACACUCCGCUGCUGGAGGGCCCGCCGGAGCUGGUCGACAUCAAGGACGAGAAGCACGACGACAAGGGUCCGUGGGCGGAGCUGGCGGAUAUCUUCACGUGUUACGAAGGGCAGCAGGCGGCCCGGGACCUGCCCUGGGACCUCCUCGGCCUGGACGAGGCGACGUGUGCGACAGGCGAGCCGCGGGCCAGGGCGGUGCUGGACGACUUCACGUUCAUUAAGGUGCUGGGGAAGGGCUCCUUCGGGAAGGUGAUGCUGGCCGAGAAGAAGGGCACCGACGAGGUGUACGCGGUGAAGGUCCUCAAGAAGGACGCCAUCGUGCAGGACGACGACGUGGAGUGCACGCUGACUGAGCGGCGCGUGCUGGCGCUGGCCGCGCGCCACCCCUUCCUCACGGCGCUGCACUGCGCCUUCCAGACGCCCGAGAGGCUGUUCUUCGUCAUGGAGUACGUGGACGGCGGAGACCUCAUGUUCCAGAUACAGCGCGCCCGCAAGUUCGACGAGCCGCGGGCCAGGUUCUACGCCGCCGAGGUGACGCUCGCGCUGACCUUCCUACACGACCACGGCGUCAUCUACAGGGACCUCAAGCUGGACAACAUCCUGCUGGACAGCGACGGACACUGUAAGCUGGCCGACUUCGGCAUGUGCAAGGAGGGGAUACUCGACGGAGCCACCACCACCACGUUCUGCGGGACGCCGGACUACAUCGCACCAGAGAUCCUGCAGGAGCUAGAGUACGGCCCGUCGGUGGACUGGUGGGCGCUGGGCGUGCUGCUGUACGAGAUGCUGGCCGGACAGCCGCCCUUCGAGGCCGACAACGAGGACGACCUGUUCGAGUCCAUCCUGCACGACGACGUGCUCUACCCCGUGUGGCUGUCCAAGGACGCCGUCUCUAUACUCAAAGGUUUCAUGACCAAGAACCCGUCCCGCCGGCUGGGCGUGCUGGGCGGCCCGGCCGGCAUCAAGCAGCACGCGUUCUUCAAGGACAUGGACUGGGACGCGCUCGCGCAGAGGAGGCUGCGUCCGCCCUUCAGACCCAAGGUGAAGAGCAAGCGCGAGGCGGCCAACUUCGACGCGGAGUUCACCAAGGAGGAGCCGUGCCUCACUCCCGUGCCGCCUGACGUGCUGCGGGCCAUUAACCAGGAGGAAUUCAAGGGCUUUUCGUUCGUGAAUAAGGACUUCAACCCGGCCCCGCCGCCGGACCGGCCGCCGCCGACAUGA